UCGGCGUCCAGCUCCAGGUUGGAUGAGAAAAUUAACACAUCGUCCCAUGAACUGAACCUCUGCGAGCAGACCAGCAUGGAUUUCAUGACGGAUCGUGAUGUGCAAAAGUACAUGGACGAUGGGUACGUGGUUCUGGACGGGCUCCUGACCUCCCAGGAGUGCGAUGAACUGAAGCAGAGGAUGACGGAUAUAGUGGACCGGAUGGACGUCCCGGAGCACUGCCGCACCACCUUCUCCACCUACCACGACGAGCAGCUCAAAACGCAGGGAAAUGCUGACUAUUUCAUCACCAGUGGAGAUAAGAUCCGCUUUUUCUUUGAGAAAGGAGUUUUUGACGACAAAGGGGAAUUCAUCGUACCAAAAGAACGAUCACUCAAUAAAGUCGGACAUGCGCUACAUGCUUAUGAGCCUUUGUACAAAAAGGUUACACAUUCACCCAGAGUUCAGAGCAUCGCUAAGAAGCUCGGUCUUGUAGAUCCGGUGAUACUGCAAAGCAUGUAUAUUUUUAAGCAACCAGGAAUCGGUGGGGAAGUGACGCCUCACCAAGACGCCACAUUUCUGUACACGGAGCCACUGGGCAGAGUUGUUGGAAUGUGGAUAGCCCUGGAGGACGCCACUGUUAAUAAUGGCUGCCUGUGGUUUAUCCCGGGGUCACACAACAUCGGUAUUACCCGGCGAAUGGUGCGUACCCCAAAGGGCACCUUUCCCCUGACAGACUUCAUCGGUAAAGAGCAAGACUAUGAUGAAGAUAAGUUUAUCGCGACACCGGUUAAAAAAGGCGGUGUCGUCCUGAUCCAUGGUCAAGUUGUACAUCGCAGUGCUGAAAACACCUCUGAAGACUCUCGCCAUGUCUAUGCCUUCCACAUGAUGGAGUCCCAGGACACCCGCUGGAGCCCCGACAACUGGCUGCAACCCACUGAAGAGCUCCCUUUCCCGCCUCUCUAUGCUAAGUGAAGGAUGUCUUUGAUGCUGCAUUUCAUGGAAAAGACACAAGAGCUUUUCUUUCCCGAUGAAGGACCAACAUGUAUGAACAGUUUUAAUCAGAGCAGAUGUACUGCAGUUUCUCACAGCUUGUUUUAUAUCUUGUGACACCAUCUAUUUCUCUAAGCUACUGAACAGAGACACAAUUUCUUCAGCAGCAAAAUCAGUAGUGGCUCAAUGAUAUCUAAAGCACAUUUUGAUGAAUUUAUCAAUGUUUUUUAAAUGAGAAUUUUUAAGACUGAAAAUCAAUUUGAAUAAACAUUUUAAACCUUG